UAGCUGGGACCACAGGAGCGCACCACCAUGCCCGGCUGAGUUUUUGCAUUUUUGGUAGAGAUGGGGUUUCACCAUGUUGCCCAGGCUGAUCUCCAAUACCUGAGGUCAAGUACUCUGCCCCGCCUUGGCCUCCAAAGUGUUGAGAUUACAGAACGUGGUGGAUUUUCGAUGUAACCACAAUGACAUCCGCCUUGCAGUAGGCAGAACAGAUGCAAUUGCACGAGUUCUGGAGAUACUUUCUGUAGACCAGGUGUGCAGAGGGCUGGAUUGGGCCUAUCCAUCACUUCCAGAUAAAAUGGUACCCUUCCAAAUACCACCCCACCCACCUUCUCACCAAAAGCUAAAUUUGGAGUUUUGUUCAUUAAUUAUGACAGAAAGAUGCAUUAUUCAUAAUAACCAAGAUAUGGAGACAACCUGGACAACCAUCAAUGGAUGAAUGGUUAAAGAAAUUGUGGUAUGGAUAUAUACAAAGGAAUUCAGCCUUAAAACAGGAGGAGAUCUCCACAAGAUGGUGGCGGUGGGGGCCGAGGCGCGAGGAGGUGAGGCUGGAGCGCGACCCCCUCGCCCUCCCCAUUCCCAGCUUGGUGUGUGCCUUGCCUAGUUUCACUUGAUACUCUUCAGGAAUUAUGUAGAAAAGAAAAGCUCACAUGUAAAUCGAUUGGAAUCACCAAAAGGAAUCUAAAUAAUUAUGAGGUGGAAUACUUGUGUGACUACAAGCUAGUAAAGGAUAUGGAAUAUUGUCUUGUAAAAUGGGAAGGAUGGCCAGAUUCUACAAAUACUUGGGAACCUUUGCAAAAUCUGAAGUGCCCGUUACUGCUUCAGCAGUUCUCUAAUGACAAGCAUAAUUAUUUAUCUCAGGUAAAGAAAGGCAAAGCAAUAACUCCGAAAGACAAUAACAAAACUUUGAAACCUGCCAUCACUGAGUACAUUGUGAAGAAGGCUAAACAAAGGAUAGCUCUGCAGAGAUGGCAAGAUGAAAUCAACAGAAGGAAGAAUCAUAAAGGAAUGAUAUUUGUUGAAAAUACUGCUGAUUUACAGGACGCACCUUCAGACUUCUAUUACAUUAACAAAUAUAAACCAGCUCCUGGAAUCAGCUUAGUCAAUGAAGCUACCUUUGGUCGUUCAUGCACAGAUUGCUUCUUUCAAAAAUGUUGUCCUGCUGAAGCUGGAGUUCUUUUGGCUUAUAAUAAAAACCAACAAAUUAAAAUCCCACCUGGUACUCCCAUCUACGAAUGCAACUCAAGGUGUCAAUGUGAACCUGACUGUCCCAAUAGGAUUGUACAAAAGGGCACACAGUAUUCACUCUGCAUCUUUCGAACUAGCAAUGGACGUGGCAGGGGUAUAGAGACCCUUGUGAAGAUUAAAAGAAUGAGUUUUGUCAUGGAAUAUGUUGGAGAGGUAAUCACAAGUGAAGAAGCUGAAAGACGGAGACAGUUCUAUGACAACAAGGGAAUCACAUAUCUCUUUGAUCUGGACUAUGAAUCUAAUGAAUUCACAGUGGAUGCAGCUCGAUAUGGCAAUGUGUCUCAUUUUGUGAAUCACAGCUGUGAUCCAAAUCUUCAGGUGUUCAGUGUUUUCAUUGAUAACCUCAAUACUUAUCUUUCCCAAAGAGCACUGUUUUCCACGAGAAUUAUAAAUGCUGGAGAAGAGCUGACUUUUGAUUAUCAAAUGAAAGGUUCCGGAGAUAUAUCUUCAGAUUCUAUUGACCACAGCCCAGUCAAAAAGAGUGUCAGAAGAGUAUGGAAAUGUGGAGUUGUGACUUGCAGAAAUUACCUCAACUGAACUUUUUCAGGAAAUAGAGCUGAUGAUAAUUAUAAUUUUUUUCCUAAUGUUAACAUUUUAAAAAGUACAUAUUUGGGACUCUUAUUAUCAAGAUUGUAUAUCUUUCAAGACAUUUGCCAAAUGUAUUACUGAUGCCUCUGAGAGGGUCACUGGGUCUCACAUACUGAUUUGAAGUCUACAUAUUUAUGGUGCUUAGAGACCAAACUAAUGGAAGGCAGACUAUUUACAGCCAGCAUAUGUGUACUUAAGUCUAUGUGAACAGAGAAAUGCCUCCUGUAGUGUUUGAAAGUGUUAAGCUGAUAAUGUCAUUAACAAUUGCUGAGAGGUCAAGCAUUCAGCUUGCCAUACACCUCAAAUUCAGAGAAAUAGUUAAUUUGGGCAAAUCUACCAGUUCUGUUUUUGCUACUCUAUUGUCAUUCCUCUUAAUACUCACAGUACUUGUAUUUGAGACAAAUAGGUGAUACUGAAUUUUUAAAAAAUAAUAAAAAUAAAAAAUAAAAAGGAAGCGAUCCUACCAUUUGCCAUAACCUAGACGGACCUGGAGGACAUUAUACUAAAUGAAAUAAGCCAGACACAGAAAAAAAAAUUACAUGAUCUUCCUUAU